UUUUAUUAUUGAGACGGUCUGGAAAUACUUGUUCCAAAUACAUAUUUUCCACAGAUAUUACUCUUAUGCCUUCUCUUCACAACAAUUACGACAAAUGAAAACAUCCCCUAAUAUUGUAAAGUGAUCAUACGUAAAAUGCAGUAACUUUCAGAUAAAGGAUGAGUAAUUGAUACCUCAUCACUUUCCCCAAUCACUAAAAUCAGUUCUUAGCUUACUCUUUACGAUACAUCAGAACUGAACAAUACAGACUUCUGAAAAGACAAGAAAACAAGAAAAGAAGCAACAAAUAAUCAUAAUCAUACUAAAAGUCAGUGUCACAAUGACGCACCAAUCUGUGAAACCACGACCAAAUCCAAUCUUCGUGUAAUUUUAUAUGUCUUCGUGUAAUUUUAUAAUGUGCCGGCAACGACAGCGUAUUGCGACAAAACUUUUCUUCCUCUCCAAAAGCACGCCACACCAUAUCAAUGUCAACCAUAGUGCUUUUUCAAUGGCCCCCUGCUUUUGUUUUUGGCUGAUUAAAUGAUUUAUAACCAUGCAUCAUCCCUCUCUGUAUCAUAGUUACCCCGUGGUUGAUAUCAUAUAUUGUGUAGAAUAUCAUCAUGGAGAAACUGUUUCAGAUGAGAAGAAGUUUCCUGAAGUUUCUGACAAAACAACCUGCCACUUUGGUAGUAGCGUUUCAGAACCCAACUCCUAGUCCUUGUCGAUCACCGGCACGAAUGGUUUCGAUAAUUCCCAGGGAAGCGCGAAGGAAGCGCCGAGGCGAGAGCUUUAGCACGAAAGAGCCCACUUCUCCCAAAGUAUCAUGCAUGGGCCAAGUUCAAGGCAAGAAGAAGAGGAAGGCCCGGAAACAGAAAAAGGCCCAGACCCAGAAGGAUUCAACAAAAACCGUUGACUCUGUUGGAGAAUUGAAGAAGAUUGUGCUUCGGAUUAGGAAGGGAAGUGAUGAGAGACAAAAGCAUAAGGUUUUGGAAGAGAAGAGAGUGGAAGCUCCAUCGUUGAAUACAAUGAAGAAGUUUGCCAGUGGGAGAGGAUCCUUGUAUGAUUUUGAUGUUACAAUUGCAGAAAGGAGCAGUGGGCACGUGGAAAUUCGUCCUCUCCCUCGUACCCCUUGUCCUCUUCUUCACCGGCUUUGCCGCCGCCAUCGCCUCCUACAACCAAGCCCUAAUCCACCACAUCCUCCCCGACUUCCUUCCCCUCCUCCACUCCUCCUCCCUCCCCUACCAGCUCACCGCCCCUGCCCUACGCAGCCUAGAUGACUGUUUUCUAAAACC